ACUUUACUAAAGAAACGUAAUACAAGGGCCAAGAAGCUGCAGAAUGCAUUAUAUUUAAGAUUUCUUCAGAUUUCUUCACAAUUCUCCUUUGUCCAUCAAAUGGGUCUGUUCAGUUCUCUGCCUUAUCUCUCUACUUAAAGAAAUCAGAUAAAGUCAUUGUACUUUAUCUGAUAGUGAGGUGCACUCCAAAUACAGUUUAAUAAAUGAAUAAUUGUGACAGGGUGACAUUUUUUUCUUAUAACGUGCUUUUGCCUUUAAAAGUGCGUAAUUGUCCUUAAUAUUUGUGAUAUGAAACAUUCGAAAUCAGCCUUCUUUUAACGGAUACACUAUGAUUUCUUUAAUUACGGAGAUUAAGUAACCUAUGAUGGAUUACAAUGAUGCAACAGAGGACAAAGUUUUAACAUGCUCAGAAGAUGUUUCCGAUAUCAAAAUUGAAUACGGAAGAGGUGAUAAUAAGGGUGGAAAAUUGCUCGGUAGAAAGGCUCCAGACGUGGCAUAUAGGCAUCGACUUUUUCACACAGCUUGUGUCUGGUUCACUAUUUUUGGACUGGGUUGGAGAAAUGCUCUGAUUGGACCUACUUUACCAGAUUUGAGGCUUAUCAUAAAUGAAGAUCUUUCAACUACAUCCUGGAUAUUCACCGCAAAAUCACUGGGAGGACUGUUUGGUUCAGUUUGUGGAGGUUUUGCCUACGACCGCUUCAACAAACUUGCCGUUUUCAUCUCAACUGUCCUUGCUAUGGGUGUUGUGGCUGCUAUUACUCCUUGGUGCUACCACCUUGCUGCAAUGCUUGUUGUGCACGCUUGUCAUGGGAUUUUCGGUUCUGCAGUUGAAACAGCAGCGAUAGCUGACAUGGCUGUUGUCUGGAAACAAGAUGCUGGACCUUACAUGCAAGCCGUGCAAUUUGCCUUUAGUGUCGGAGCAAUGGUGUCGCCUUUAAUUGCAGAGCCAUUUUUAGCCGAAAGAAUUAUCGUUGGCAACCGAUAUACCUCGGUACUUCCAAACUCCUCUGCUGAGGCAAUGCUAGAUCUGGAGAUGAUUGCACCAACAGCGAAUGUUGGGGAUAUCACUACGCAUACAGGACUGGGUGUCAAAACCGCUACGAUCGAAUACGGAAAAACUCGUGUUUACGUGCCGUAUAGUAUAACGUCUCUUGUUUGCUUCAUGUCGGCUUGCUUAUAUUUACUCGUUAGCUUCGUUUAUGGUAAUGUUUAUAGGAACUCGCUAAAUGAGUCCCCUGGAAGAAAAACAAAUAUAGGUACAUGCCCAAAACGACAUUUCCUGAGCAAGAAAAUGAAAGUAAUGUUUACUGUACUUUUAGCAUUGGCAAUUCUGUUUUAUGUUGUAAGUGAGCACUGUUUUAUAGGGUUUCUUAUGACUUUCGUCAUAUCAGAAAUAGAGUGGAGUAAAGCUAAGGGAUCCACUGCCUCGUCUGCUUUUUGGAUUGCUUUUGCAACUGGACGUUUAUCUGGAAUAAUACUUGUAAAAUUUGUUAAUAUUUCUAUAAUGAUUCUUAUAUUUUCCUCAAUUUUAACUUUGGGCGCUGUACUAUUUUUUCUCGCUGUGAUGUUUGGUAAAACAUUUCUGGUUUGGGUAUCUGUGGGUGUUAUUGGCUACGGGAUGUCUGUCAUUUUUAGUUUAGUUUUCUCGUGGCUAUCUCAAAACAUUAGAACUCUUACAGGUAAAAUGACGAGUAUAUUCUUUGUUUUCAUGUGCAUUGGAACUAUGGUGAUACCAAUAUUAGUCGGAUACCUUAUGGAUAAGAUUUCACAAAUGUGGUUCAUCUAUUCGCUCUUAAUUUUGAGCACCGCCAUGUUUGUGUGUUUUAUAUUAGCUCUUGUAUCUUUCUGUCUGGUGAAGAAAGGAAAAAUCGAAAGUUAGGUUAAGAAUAUCAAAUAUAGGUCAUGCAUUAGAAAGUUAGAAAGAUAAUGAAAAUAAGACUUUUAGCCGUAGUGGUAGAGAUCAGACGUCGCAGGUUUGAAUCUCGUCAAGUACGGGAUUUGUCUGCAGCUCCCCUGAUUCCUUUAUUUGUCAGAUUAUCUUACGGAGUGAUUUUAAAAUGUUGAAGUAUUAAUAAAAUUAUGCUUUAUUUCAUUCUUUGUACUUAUAUUGUGAAUGAUCAGUGUAAAGUCUUGUAUGAUGUUUUAUGGUCUUUUUUAAUAUUAUUUUUUUUAAUUCUCGGGGUCAUACAGAUAUUAUUAUGUUAAAGUUGUUAACAUCUCAGAUCUAUAUUGUUAUACCGAUUAUCACGUAUGGGUAAUUCCCUGUUACCGUUACUGAAACGUUUAUAGGUUAUAACACACUAAAUAGUUGUUGUUCUUUGGUAGCAGAUGGCGGUUUUUUCUAGUACUUCGGACUUCCGAGCGA